AUGAACUGUAGUUUUGCAAUGGGCUUAGGCCUUGCAUGUAGACUAGGAAGUUGAUACAGUAUAUUUCCCAGUAGGUGGAUUUCCGUCAAACUCUGAAUGGUGGAAUAAAAUACAUAGAUAAAUAAGCGAGAAGACGGUACACUGUUGGUAUGCGAAUUUUUUCUAUUUAAAUUCACCAGGAAAUGUUGUGAUUACCGGUCCGCCCACGAAAAGCUAUAACAAGAGACUUAAAACAAAAACACUUUAUGAAGCGAAACAGCAACCCCUACAGUCAUAAGACAACAUACCUGGCUAUUGCACCAUAAAGCAGCUAUAGAGUAUGAAAUAGGUUUGUAAGAAGAUGUGGAAGUAGUGGCAUCCAGAAUAAAUUGGCUGAAGUUUCGAGGGCUUAUCCAAACAAUAAAUCAGCCUAUUGCAUAGCAAUGAAUAAACUUCGAAAAAUGGACAAUAUUUACUUGUUUAUUUCAGUGAUCUCAGUUCUCUGCAAUUGUCUGGGUGAAGCAGCAGUAUGCACUGACUUCCCUAAUGUAAUACUUGGAACAGAGAGUAAGAAUAUCACAUAUGGACCAAGUAAUGAACACAACUGCAACUGUGAUUGGACAAUACCAACAAGUAUGAACACAGAUCAUGAAACUGCAGUUGUUCUGUUGUUACAAAAUGUUUCGCUUCCAAUGACAACAGAUAGUAUCAUCAGUACGGCAGACUGCUCCGGAAAAAUCAGAUUCCCAGGUAAGGAGGCUAUUUACUCAGAUGAAGCCAUUGCAAAUCAGAAAAAAGGGCAGUUAAGUAAAAAAAAUAUUAUAUUUCAUGCAGGCACUGAUGAACACAAAUGUGAAUUUAAGAGCAACUACUGUCUUGUAUUUGCAACUUUAUCAACCAUUUGCAACAUCAGCAAAAUCAGAGAGAAAAUUCCAGUUGCAAAUCACACCUGUGAUUCAAUCACUCCAUGGAAUAAAGCUGGAGAAGGCCCAUACAAGAUACUAUAUUUUGCAGGAAACUUUGCUGGUUACACAAAAUACUUCACAAUACAAUAUCUUGUAAUAGAUUGUAGACCAACAACCACGCUUGCACUUGCCACAAUCAAUGAGCAGACAUCGACUUAUCAGACAGCUACAUCAUUAUAUGGGAAGCAGUAUUCUGACCCAGCCAUUGAAUCAACCAGGACAUCAAACAACAUCCAUUGCCCAACUGAAAACACAAAAAUCAAGAAUCCCCAAACAGCACUGAUCAUUGCUAUUCCAGUAUCAGGAAUUGUGGGUUUGAUUGCUGGAGCUUUGUUAAUGUUCAUUAUAUUAAGGUAUCGCAACAACAACAACAAGUCAAAGAACAAAGAUUCAAUGGAAAUGGGAAGCAUUCAACAUCAGCAGCUAACUGUCCAUGAACGAACACCCCAUGAAAACUACACACCAACAUCAGAUGAAAGUGGAUAUGAAGUUCCGAUUCAAGUUGAUAACAAGAAUGAACAACAAUAUGAGAUUAUAACAAGUGGAAAGGAGUAUCAAUAUGAAAAUGCCUAAAUUAAAAUUGUGUGACUCACAGUCAUACCAGUUUUGAUAAUACUGAUGAUUUUGUAUUUAGAUCAAAAAAGCUGAUUUUUUAAUUCAUUAACUACAAAUAACUUAGGGAUUUUUACAUUUUUUCAACAAAUAUUACAUAUUUUAACUUGUUUCAAUAUUUUCCUUUAUGUAGAAAACGAAGACAUGCUCCAUACAAAUUAGCAAUCAUAUCUGUUAUUGUGUUCUACAACUAUCAACGUGAAACAAAGGAGGCCUAUUUCCUACUGUGCGUAAAAUUUUCUCAGAUAUGAUUUUUAUCAUUAUUUAACCGUUAUUAAGAUUAAAACUGGCGUCUCAAUAAAUUUCCACCAUCAAGAAAAGGAUCCCAUGCUGUUAGGAAAGUUGGAGCCAGCUGUUGAUGUUAGAGUUUAUCAUGCUUUAUUA